CGGAGUCGCCGAUCGCGAGGCCGGCAGCCGGCGAGGCAAGAAGGCUGACGCGUCACUCCUAUCUACUACUACUACUACUAUCUUGGCUUCCUCUGCUUCUGCUCCGGCGAAGACGACACCGCCGGCGGCGGCGGGCGGGAGCCUCAGGCUGUUCUACUGUGCUGCGCUGCCUGAACUUGAUCUCCUUGGGGGCACAGGGCAGCAGUUGAAACUUGAAAGAAGGUUGUGCAAGAGGACAGAACAAGUUUGCAUUAGUCUGAAAAAUGGCUGCCUCAAAGCUUCAGGCUUUUUGGAACCAUCCUGCUGGCCCCAAAACAAUUCAUUUCUGGGCUCCUACAUUUAAAUGGGGUAUCAGUAUUGCCAAUGUCGCUGACUUCGCUAAACCACCUGAAAUGAUAUCCUAUCCUCAGCAAGUUGUUGUGGCUUGCAGUGGAGUAAUUUGGGCUCGCUGGGGCAUGGUCAUCACGCCUAUAAACUGGAACCUUUCCAGUGUUAAUGCUGCAAUGGCUGUGACGGGCGUCUGCCAGCUUUCUCGUAAGAUAAGGCACGAUUACUUCCCUGACGAGAAGGACGAUGCUGCAACAUCGAAAGAGUGAUGACUAAUGGGCAAAAUUGUUAAUUCCAUUUUGGAAGCCAUUCUGAAUCGUUGUCAUGGAAUAGAACAUUCCUGUAUCAGUCCAGCAUACUGUGUUUAAUUAAUGUGAUAAUACACGGAGUAUAAGAAUUUAUAUAUGGGGGUAAUUUUGCGUAAAACGACAACCGUCCGAAUUCCAAAAAAUGUGUAUGAUCAUCACCAUCAAUUGAAGUGUGCGUAUGAAAUUUGUUAUACCCUUGAUAUACAAGUGAGCUCUGAACUCAAAGUAAAGUGGUAGUAGUAUUCGUUUUGAA